UCCAUCGGUGGGGGGCCAACAGGAGCAAUCGUUGGCAUCGAAGCGUCCGGUGAAGCACGUUCGCUUCUCGGAGCCGCUGGAUGAAAAUUCGUUCGACGGUGUAUCGGCGGUCGGACGACCACGGGGCACCGUUUCACCGCAUCCGCUCGGUAUGGCUGGAGGCGGGGUUGGUGUCGGCGCCGGUCACGAUGGUAACAAUGAGGAGGACGACGAGAUGGAUCACCUUUCACUGAUGGACAAUCUGCCACCCGUCGAGAGCCUGCUGGUGGAGAUGGACGAACCCCUCGACGAUGAUGACGACGAGGAGGAUGACGACGAUGAUGAGGAAGAGGAUGGUGUGGAUGAUGAUGAUGAUGACGAUGGCGAUUAUGUUUACGGAUCCAACAAACCGGGGAAGCGGACGCGCAAACGACGUGCGUCAGGGGCUGGCGUCGGCGGGCGAAUGAGCGCGGGAGCAGUGGGCCCAGGUGGUGGUGUUGGAAGACCCGCACGACGGACGAAGGACGAAGAAUCGAUCGAACUGGAGCUGGAACCGCUCGUUCCGGUCGAGGUGGAGAUGGGUGAGGGUGGCGAUAAGGUGGAUGAUCGGUUGCUCCCACCGGUCGCCCUCAUCUGUCGCGUGUGCCUGUGCGAGGAGGGUACCGGUGAGGAGGGGCGCCAGUUCGAGUCCCUCUACUGUACGAUAGUGCCCGAGUUUCAAUCGCGCAGUCUCUACUCGAUCCUGGUCGCCGUUUGCCAUCCGCUGCUGCUGGGCAGCAAUGCCGGCAUGCCGGACCAGAUCUGUGGUUCGUGCAAGACCAAGCUGCUGGCCGCCUACGAGCUGCACGAUACCUGCCUGCGGAACGAUGAGAUGCUGCGUCGCAAAUAUCAGCACAAGCCGCAGUUCGCGGCCGGUGCCCGGCGCAUCAAGCGCGAGGCGCUCGAUAAUGGAAAUGGUGAGCAGGAUGGUGGUUACGAACAUGACGAGCUCGAUUUGCGUUACUAUGGAGGUGGUAAACGUGCAGCACAGUUGAAGGAACAGGAUGGUUACCUGUAUGGAAAACAGUAUCCGUUACAUGCCGCCGUCAUGGGUCGUACGUUACAGCCCGCCGAAAGAGCAACAGCGUCCUACAAUCAGCAAGGGGCCGGUCGUUGGGGUAAGAGCAACAAUCAGCUCAAGAUCCAGCACAUCUCCAAUGGACCGGACGCGUUGCGCCAAUUGAAGAACAACAACGGCACUGGUGCUGGUGGUCAGCAACGCAUGGCGGAAGGUGGUGCUGCUGGCAAGCAGUCUGCCACCUUCUUCGACUACAAUUCCUUCCACCGGGUGUUGCCGAACGGGAGUCACCAGUGUACCAAGUGUUUGCGCGAAUUUAAGUAUCGCAGCUACUACAAGAAUCAUUUCAUCAGCCAGCACGAUCCGAGCAAGCCGUUCAAGUGUCGCAAGUGCCACUACACCUUCCGUAACGAGCGUUGGCUGAGCGUGCACAUGCGUUCGCAUGUCGGCCCGGACGCAUACAGUUCACUCACGGACGCGAUCACUGACGGCAGUGGCGGUGGAGAUGCGCUGAAUGCUGGUACCGGUGGGGCGGACGGUGAGUUUGCCUGCACCCGGUGUGACAAGGCGUUCCCCAUCUUUGUGCUGCUGAAGCGGCACGUCAUGGAAGCGCACAUGGACCCACAAAACCGUGGUCUUGAGUGUCCGCACUGUUUGUUGGUGUUCGAUCAGCAGACCACCUUCCUACGCCAUUUGCAGAAGCAUCGCAAGGACAAGCUGGACCAGUCUGGUGCGGAAUUGGCGGUGAAAGAUGAAACCACCGGUGCCAGUCCCGAUCUGCGAUGCAACAUUUGCAACAUUCGCUUCCCAAGCCGUGCAAUCUACAUGAACCAUAUGACACGGAAGCACGUUCUGGCGACUCCAUCGACGGCUGCCGAAGAUGCCGACGCACAGUUGCGCCAGUGCACUGUUUGCAAUCUUCGCUUCGCGAGUCGUGCAUUGUACGCAGAGCAUUUGUUGCAAAAGCAUGGCCUAAAGGCACUGGCAGACGAUGCGGAUGGUGGUGAUGGCGAGGGAACGAGCGAUGCGCCGGAGCGAGAAUACGCGUGUACCGUGUGUUCUGCAUCGUUUGCGCGCGAAAGUGGCCUGAAUGGGCACAUGCGAGAGAAGCAUCCGGAGGUAUUGAUCGAAAUGCACAGCGAGCUUGCUUACGUUUGUCGCGUGUGUUCCGUGGAGUUUGCCGACCGGGAGGAGCUACAGAAACACGCAGAUACACACACGGAAGCCGAACGCUCGGAAGCUGCGGCUGCAAUUGCUGCCGAGCGAAACGAUUGUGAAGGUGAUGGUAACGCAAAGGAAACCAAGGAAGGUUUGCAAUCAGCAGAGCAAGAGCCACAUCGUCGUAACGAUGGUGACGCUGAGGUAGAUGAUGAUGGUGGAUCAACGGAGGAUGCAGUUUCGCCCAAUGAGAUAAAAUCGGAAAAGGACAUGGAAGAAAGGAGGCCAGGGUCAGAACAAGGGACCAUGGAAAGCACUGGAACCAAAAUGAAAGAGGAGGAGGAUCCCAGCGAGCAUAAUCAGCAACCAACGUCACCCGUUGACGGUUCGGAGAAGAAGCAGGAAUCAUCACAGAAUACAACCGAAGCCUACUUGCCCGACGGGUUUUCGCUGGUUUACAAAUGCAAACUUUGCCCGUGCCGAUACGAGCAGAAGGAUCUGUUGCACGCACACAUGGAAAAGCAUCUGACGGCAAUGAAAAGCGAGGACGGUUCUGGUCAAGCUGCUGACGAGGACGAUGACGAAGAGGAUGAUACUGUUGGCGAAGACGAGGAGGAAGACGACUUCGACGAGUCGCAACAGUCACAACAACAACAGAAGCAACAGCAACACCAGCAGCAGCAGCAAUCUUCGCUUGGUGAUAGCGAAAGCGCUGCCAGUGGACGGCAGCGAUUGCGCCAAGGAAACGGCAGCACCGUGGAUGACGAUGAGGAAGGUGCAGAAGGUGGAGAAGGCGAAGAAGGAAAGGAGGACGGAGGUGAUACGAUCGAUCCGGAGGAAGUGUCCUUCAAUCCCGAAUCCGGCGAGCAGAUGUUCGUGUGCAAGGUCUGCGGCAAGGUAGUCGGUACGGAGUCCCAGUUCCGGCGCCACAAGCGCGUCCACUCGACCGAGGGUCGGCCAUUCGAGUGCCACAUCUGCUUCUAUCGGUUCGCGAUGAAGUACAGCUACACGGCGCACAUGCUGCGCCAUGAGAUGGGCUGCGAUCCGACGCAGCCGACCCGGUACCGGUGCUCCAAGUGCUCGGAAUCGUUCACACGCCGCAAGCUACUCAAUCAGCACGUGAUCAGUGCGCACGGUGGCCGACGCGUCAAGUCAUUGGGAGCGGGUGGCACUGGUGGUGGUCGCUGGCCAACGGUAUCCCUGGGUAAUAGUGGCAACUUGAGCAUGCCCGGUGUCGGUCCGGACGGUACUGUGGGCGGGGGCAGUGGCAGCAGCAGCAGCCGCGGCAGCCACACCUGUCCGAUCUGCUCGGAAACUUUCACGCGUGAGAGUGUCCUGAAUGGACACAUGAAGACACACACGCUAGAGGCGGCCCAGAUGGCACACUCGGAGGUAUGCUACCUAUGUCGCGUAUGUAGCAGUGAAUUUGAAACACGUGAACUGUACGAAGCGCAUGCAGCCGAAGCUCAUCCCGGAACAACGACGGAAAUGAUGGAAUCGGGCGAGUUUUCUUUGAAUAGUACUGGGCAGCUCUUGGUGGGUGAAGAUGGUCAGAUCCUUCAGAAUGAUACUACGACCAAUUCGGUGACGCCCGUGAGUGCUGAUGUGAGUGGCGUGGACGAUAGCGAUGGUUUGCUGCGGACGUUUGCAAUGGGCGGUAAUGGUGGUGGCUGUACGAUGAUCUACAAAUGUAAACUCUGUUCGGGGCGCUUCGUUAAGAAAAAGUCUCUGGACUGGCAUCUGAAGACGCAUCGAUCGAUUGUACAGCAAGGUGACGGUGUGGCGACAUUGCCCGAUCUCGGGCCGGACGUGGAGCAGUCCAAGAUCUUCAAGUGCCCCGUAUGUCCACAGAUGUUUGAUAGUGAGGUGAUCUACUCUGAACAUGCACGCACACAUCAGCGUGGGCGACCAGCACGUGCUGCAGUGAACGCGCUUGUAGGCAGUGCCUACGGUUAUGCGCCUCCACCGGCGAAGCGCAAACGCUCGUCCGGUGGCGCCAUUAUCCAGUGUCACCUUUGUAAGAAGACGUUCACCUACCGAAGCCAGCUGCAUCAACACACGGUGUUGCACCAUCAGCCCGGAAAACCGUACGAGUGCAAAACGUGCCACUACAGCUUCGUACACGAGCUGAAUCUGAAGCGCCACGAGCUAACGCAUUUGAACGAUCCGAAACCGGAACCCAAACCCGAACGUAAUCCGAACUCGCAGGAGGCACAGGACCGUGAUGAUCAGCAGCUAGAUGGGGAAGAGGAUAACUCUCAUCUGCUGCAGCCUCUCGUACUAAUGGAUGGACCGGAAGAUGAAUCGAAUGGUCAGGAUGCAGGCGGUGGUACCAGUGGUAGAGUCGGUGAAGAGGAUCAAGAGAACGAGAAUGGCGGCGAUGGUAGCAGCAUCAGGUCGCCAGGAAACGCGGACGAUCUGCGCCAGUGGAGGACGAAGAAGAUCAAAUGCGUCAUCUGUGCGGCCACGUUCACCCAUCAAAACCAACUGGUGACCCAUCUGCAGACACACAUCGAGCGGAUUAAUGAUGCCCGGAAGCGAUCCGCGCCUCCGAUUGUGAUGCCACCGGACAGUGGCUACACGCCGAACGAUCGGCAGUGCAAACUGUGCCACAAGGUGUUCAAGUUUAGCUGCUUGCUCAAACAGCACCAUCAGUUACACCAUGCGCGCGAGAAACCGUUCGAGUGCCGCACCUGUCAUUAUCGGUUUGAGUACAAGGGUCAUCUGGCACGGCAUCGCGCCAACCAUCAUCCGAACGAGGCGAAAGAUCUCGAUGAUACGACCAUGGUUGGAGGCUUUGCGACCUCGACGCCGACGCGCUCUUCACCUGGACCCGGGCGACGGUCAGCGGCUUCGGCAGCGGCGGCGGCCGCGGCAUCGGCAGCUGCUGCACUUAUGUUGGAUGACAGUACGACCGCAGUCCCGCGAUACGGUGGCUUAGUAACGGACGAGGUAAUCAUUGCGCCAACGACAACCAGCUCUUCCUCGCGAUCGGAGAGCGGCGUCCCGACGCACCAGUGUCCGAUGUGUUCGCUCAAGUUCAUCAAAGCCCGCUCAUUAGCUAUGCACAUGCGCAUCCAUCUCGGUGGGAGAAAGCUGCGGCGCGUGAUACCCGCCGACGCGGCACCGACGGUCGGUCUCACCGGUGGCUCGUUUACCGGUGCCGGUGGUGUGGAGCAGCGGGAAUCGUUGGUUUGUCGUAUCUGUUCCGGUGCAUUCCCAACGACGCACGAACUGAAGACGCACAUGAUGACGCAUAUGGGUGGUGAAGCGAUGGAUCUUGAGGUGCCGUUCGGCAUCAGUGCGUUCAAUAUGCUGCACGAGGAUAUGUUUAACGAUUCGCUCGAUCAUCACGGCACCGGUGGACCGUCGUCUGGUGCAGGCACGGGGGGUGGAGGAACGACUGGAGUAGGUGGGGCAGGACAAAACAUCGCAGGAACCGAUGAGCGAAGUAGUAGCGUUGGUGGCGAAGGCAGCAGCACACGAGCGGCGGGCGAUGGUCGUAGCUCCGAUGGUGACUAUCAUCAGGAGGGUGAUGAUGCUAGCGGUGGAGCUGAUCCACUUUACGAUGGUUCCAAUCUCGAACUCGUGCUAGAAGACAACAUCUUUGACAAAGAUUUUAGCAUGCGCUACCAGCAACAACAGCAACUCCAGCAGCAACAACAGCAACAGCAACAACAGCAGCAACAGCAGCCACUGCAGCAACAACAGCGCCGUAUGAGGAAUCAUAACGUCACUGGCGACGAUGAUGAUGAUCGUGGAGCGGCAGAGGAGGACGAUGAUGAAGAUGAGGACAACGACGAUGAGGUGACCGAUGGCAACGAUGAAGAUGAUGAUGAUGCCACCGGUGCUGGUGCCACUAGUGGUGCUGCUGAGCAGUCUUCCCCGUCGCUUUCGUCGAGCUUCCGCCGGAGCAUGAACCCAACGCGCGCCAGCCCACAGACGAGUGGUCGUUUGAGGCAAACCCAACGCACAACGACGAUGGGACGACCGCCGGGUUCAGCGUCUUCCAGCAAGAGCAAAAUUCAAUGUGAACUGUGUAAGAAGGAGUUCCUCUAUCCGUGCAAUCUCAACCAGCAUAAGCAGCUACACCAUUCGAAGGAAAAGCCGCACGAGUGCCGCGUCUGUCACUAUCGUUUUGAGUACAGUGGUCAUCUGCAGCGGCACAUACGGCAGCAACACGAGGAUUUAGCGGAAGAGUUGCUCGAACCGGUCGAGCCAGUUUCGUUCGAUUGUAAUUUUUGCGGUGAAUCGUACGAUACACGAGCUCUCUUAACGGCUCACGUUCAGGCUCAGCACAAGGGCGAGAAACCGUUUCAGUGUGACCAAUGUCCGGCUUCGUUCAGCUACAAAAAAUCCUAUGAAACACAUCGAGAGGAACAUCACCUGAAAACCAACAAUGGAGCAUUUAGGUGUAAUUUCUGUAAGAAAACAUUCAACAGUGCACAAAAGGUAGACAACCAUGUAUGCAUACAAUAGUAGUUACUGCUGCUGUAACCGAAACACUACAGCGCAGUGGUGGAGCGAUAUGACGUGAACCAGCGCAGACGGAGCGCCAUUGUAGCACGAUUGUAUGCUAUACGGGAAGGAGGUUUCCGGUAUGUCGACGCUACAAACAAACAAAAAAAUCUACAAUCCCUUAACUAGAAAAGCUGCAGCUAUAAGAAAGCUUGCUUUUUCAAGGAAGCAUUAAGUUAAGAUGAGAAAAGCAAGAAAGAGAUUCUCCAUAAGUAGUAAAAGCAUAUUGUCGAAAAAGAGAAACAAACACAACAUACAGUAACAAAACGUAGGGUGAAAUGAGGAGGAAGAGGGAAAUUAAAAAAAAAACAUUUGCAGGAAUACAAAUCGCCUAAACAAUAUUGUCCAGCGCAAGAAAUGGUAGCGGUUUGGACAAGGAUAGAUAAAACCACUUAAGUCUUAGAGAAGUAAUGGAAUCAAAAGAAAGCAGACGAUUGAACACAGCAUAACAAACAAUGAUUAAGGUAAAGUAAGCAAACAAACAGACAUAUACAUACAAAACAACAAAAGUAGGAACUCAGUUAGUUGGAACGAAAACAACAAGCAGCUGCGCUUAGGCGGGCGGGCAGACUAAGGUAGAAAUAUUCGCAAUACGGUAUGAUAGUACGGAGUUAGUGCAGACAGACAAGGCAACAGAAGGGAGAAUACACAGCAAAAGUAAAGUAAAAAAGAACAAAAACAAAAACAACAAAAUAGUAAACCCAACAACCACAAACCACAAGUAGUAGUUCAAAUUGUUUAAAAACAUAUUCUUAACAGUAUAUAGUAUAAUGUUAAAUGCGAACGUGUAUUCUUAUCGUACUUUUUUUUGCUCUGUUAAGCGAAGCAGAAGAGUAGGGCCAGAGGUAAGCGACUACAUCACCGAUAGAAUAUACAAUGAGGAAAAGGGGUUGAAUGCGGACGAAUGAAGGUAUCGAGAUUGUCGGAGAAAUAAUUAAUGUAACAGUUGGAGACAGAGGGAGAAGGAGCAGCAGGAACAAGAAGGAGCGCACGAGCGCCGUCAUCAUGUAGGUGUUAAUGCAAGCGGCUUGCAUCUAGCUUCACAGUCCAUUUGAUGAUUGCAUUUUAUUUCUUCUGCUCCCUUCUGCUUUGUCGUCUCGCCUUGAUGCUCGUAAACCAGAAUCUUCUUAAUACUGCUUUGAUUGGAAAGGAAGUUAAGCUAAUGUGAAGACGUAACGUGCGUUUUACACUGUCUUUUCCUCGUUUCAUUAGACGCACCGCUUCAGGGUCUAACGCUAUCGCGAUUGCUGUCAGAAUCACCGUCUCUUCAACAGAGGCACUAUUGCUAGUUAUUACUUUUGUGAGUCCUUUUCGUUUUUAAUCCAAUGCAUAUCUCCUGAAUAUGCUCUAUGUUUUAAUGUUUUAAUUUUUCGAAAACUUCCCAUAUCGACAAGCAGCAUAAUGCAACAGAGACGUGUGCAUCAUAGUUCUACUAGGACGAAAGUAAGUGAGUGAUUAGCUCCAGCACUCUGGAUUAACACGUAGAUGAGUGGGUCCCAUGAUCGACGAGAUUAUUGUAGACUGUUUGAUUUGAAAGUAUUCUCCAUUACUUUGGUUAUUUUAAUUAUUCUCGCUCGCUUUGCGACACCUGUUCCGAGUAGUGUUGUUCUCGUUGUUCUCGCAUCGCAUUCACGUACCCUUCACUGAGCGGUUCGCGGCAGUGCGCGACAGUACCGGGAUAGGUAGUAGGUUUGGUUAGGUUUGUGAUUUUAAAUAAAUGAUUUUGUCUAUAUUAGCGAGGUGUGCAGUAUAAUAACAAAUACUAAUGAUGCAAAAAGGAAAAAAAAAACACACAUAGACACACAUACACACACAUGGAUACAAGAAAAAACAAAAUAUCCUAAAUCCUACAUAAUAUAACCUCUCUAGCACAUAGCGGAACCAAUGCCCCGUAUGUUAUCACUCAAAAUGGCAGCAUUAAACUCGUACAAGACAGGCGCAGAAACGGAUAGAAGCCAACAAAGAUAAGUCGAAACACGGAAUAAACCUUCAGAGAUGAUCCCAACGAAUACGUUUCGAAAUUGGAGCAAACACGAUGAAUAAGGAGAUUAAAACAAACUCAUUUCGCAGAGAAAAUAUGGCAGCCAACAGAAAAGCAAAGUAUAUUUCAUGAGCAUCAUUAAUUUAUUAUUAUAUUUAUUGUAAUUACUAUGAAAUAUUUAAUAACCAACAUCCCAUCACCCGUAUUGGCUAGAGAGCACAGAGAAUGAUCAGCAAAAGGCGCAUAAACAGCAAUCUGUAGCUGAUUGAAUGAAGGCAGCCGGAGGAAUGCGUGCACGUUGGGGGCGGUUUAGCGUGAGAAUAUCACAAAAGGCACACUAACAAAAAUGGUGGAAUACCCCCACACAUAUAAAGCAAACACACGCAGAACAAAUGAUGAAUCAAAGUAGUAGAUCUGGAAGUGAAAUUAGUGAACAUAACUGUAGAGAGAAGUAUGUCGCCUAGAGAGUGGGAAUGAAAUAAAUAUAAGAUUUAGAUA